AUGGAUCUAGCUACAGUAAUCGAGCAACAACAAGCAGCAAUUGCCGAGUUGAGGAAGGCAAUUGCGAACGUAAAAAAGGCUCCAUUGGAAAGAAGAACGGUGGAGUUCUACAGCAAAAAGCUCAAGGAAAUGGAAGCACUCUGGGCAGAGAUCGAUCGCAAUGAAAACAAAAUUCGUGCAGAUCCUGCGGCAGAGUCACAUCUCCAUAUCACCAAUAACGAAUACCAAGUCAUUGGUGAAGAGUACAGAGCUGCAAUCGACAACAUCGAGGCAGACAUCAAAAGGGGCAAAGAACAAAUGCCUCAGAAACCGCUUCCCGCAACAAGGGAGGGGGUGCAAAAACAAUCAGGCCAGUUUACUGCAACCAGCAGCGUGACUGCAUUAGUGAGACGUCAGAGGGCUCUAAUGCAGUCCAUACAAACGUUAAUAAGGGGCAAUUCAGGCCAAGCUGCUCCCUGUCAGACAGUGGCUGCAAUUGAAAAACUGUGGACACACGUGGAAGAUAUCCACUUCAAAAUGUUCGAGGACUUUGAUGACCCAACGUUGGUGGGGUACGAUGCAUCAGCCUACGUUCUCUUAGAGGAAGAGACGUUAAAGUUCAAAGAAAAAAUAUCGACGCUAACACAGGUCGAUCAUUCGUCGUCUCAGCAGAGAUCAGGCGGAAACUUGGCAAAUCAAGUUAAUCUGCCAAAAAUUACAAUCCCUCAAUUUAAUGGGGAUUAUUCGAAGUGGCAGACGUUUGCUGACAUUUUUGGGAAAAUGAUCAACGAGCAAGCCUUGCCACAAGUGCAAAAAAUGUGGUAUCUCAAGGCCAACGUGACUGGGGAAGCCGAGAAACUCAUAAGGCACCUCGAGUUGACCGAGGCGAAUUACGACAUUGCCUGGAAGACACUCCAAGACAGGUACAAUAACAAGAGAGCUCAAGUGUCAACUAUACUUGAGAGAAUGCUAAACCUGCCCAACAUGUCUGGCGAUAGCAGAUCAGUGAAGGACUUUCAUGAUAGUCUUCAUGAAUCGUUAUUGGCAUUGGAGGGUCUUGGAGUAAGGCCAAAGGAAUGGGAUCCACUCUUAAUCCACAUCCUAACAAAGAGGAUGGACAAGACUACUCAUGUGUUGUAUGAGCAGUCGAUUGUAGAUUCGAAAGAACUCCAAACGAUGGAUCAUUUCAUGAAAUGUUUGAGGAGUCGUUUCGAAUCAUUAGAAGCUGUCAAUGGGAUUCAGAAGAGCAAACCGUCAGCAACGACUGCUUCCACCACGAUCCGUAGAUGUCACAUGUGCAAAGGUGACCACCCCCUAUAUUACUGCAAACAGUUCUUGGCAAUGACAGUGCCCGAAAGACAGAAAUGGGUUGCUAGACACAAGAUGUGUCUAAAUUGCUUCAAGGAUGACCAUCAGGCAAAAACGUGUACAAGUGGGAAGUGCAGGAAGUGUCAACAAAAACACAAUACACUUUUGCAUUUUUCAACGAGGCCACAAGUAGAGAACAAGUCAGCAGAUUUGUCGGUUCAACAGCCGCCAACAGUAGCAUCGGCGAAUAGAUCCCAAUCAUACGUACUUCUUGCAACCGCACGUGUUGCGAUCAAGGCAAAUAAUGGAAGAAGCUAUGAGUUUAAGGCGAUUCUGGAUUCCGGUUCACAAAUUAAUCUGGUGUCAGAGCGACUAGUGCAGAGGUUGGGUAUCGAACCCAUUCAAACAUCUCUCUGUAUCGAAGGUGUUGGAGGUAGAUCAAGAACCGCAAACCACAGGGUCAACGUGGAGCUUAAGUCACUCACCAGCAAAUUCAGAACACGCCUAGAAGCCUUUGUGUUACCAAAUAUAGUGCCACCCCAACCAAGCACUGAGAUCGACAUCACAUCAUGGCCUAUUCCAGAAAACAUAAAACUAGCAGAUCCCUAUUUUUAUCAAACGACCAGGAUUGACGUACUACUUGGAGCAGAGUUCUACUUCAACCUGAUUCUCUCACAAGAACUUCGAAUGUCCAAAGAGCUUCCUAUAUUGAAGAACUCAAAACUAGGAUGGAUUGCUAGUGGAAGAGUUCAGGCUGAAUCAGAAACUGUGACAUGCGCCGUUUUCGGAGAAGAUGAACAUGCUUUAGAAGAUUUAUUAAAGAUGUUCUGGGAACAAGACGAUGUUUGUGAAGACCAGAAGUUGACAAUAGCAGAGGAACAGUGUGAAAAUCACUUCAACCAAAAUACAACAGUGAAUGAGAAUGGUCGGUUUGUGGUGCGAUUACCGUUUGCAGACGGCCCUGAGAAAAUUUCUGAAUCCUUGAAUAUUGCAGCAUCAAGAUUCUUUGCGUUGGAACGUCGCUUAUCUAAGGAUGCAAGUCUUCACGAGCAGUAUGCUAAAUUUAUGAAGGAGUAUGAGGAUCUGGGACAUAUGACGAAAAUACAAUCAAGAGAGGUGCGUGGUAAUCAUUACUAUAUCCCGCAUCAUUGUGUCCUACGCCCAAAUAGCAGCACAACAAAACUGAGGGUUGUGUUCGAUGCGUCUUGCAAGUCAUCAUCUGGAUGGUCACUCAAUGAUAUUUUGCAUUCAGGUCCCAGGGUUCAAGGAGAUCUGUUUGGAAUGCUGUUGCGGUUUAGACUGCCGAGAUUUGUGUUUACAACAGACAUUGAAAAGAUGUACAGACAAGUGCUAGUCGACAAAAGAGAUCGCAAAUAUCAACUAAUCGUAUGGAGAAACACUCCAGACAAGGAACUCGAACAUUACAUGUUGAAUACGUUAACAUAUGGUACGACGUGUGCCCCAUAUCUUGCUACAAGAUGUCUGAAAAGGCUAGCAGAUACGAACAUACAAAGAUAUCCAUUGGGGGCGAUGGUAUUGCAAAAGAAUUUUUACGUUGACGAUUGCAUGUGCGGGUCUGACAGUUUAACAACGGCAAUUGAGAUGCAGAAACAAGUUAAUAUGUUACUACUGGAAGCUGGAUUUAGACUACGAAAAUGGUGUGCUAACCACUUAAAACUGCUGCAUGGAAUUCCUCCAGAAGAUAGAGAAGUAGAUCUCAAUUUUGACAAAUCAUCAACCAAGGUUUUGGGAUUAACAUGGAUUCCUCAAGCAGACCGAUUUUGUUUGAAGAGUGAUGUGAACGAAUGCACCAAGGUCACCAAGCGGAAGGUCACAUCUGAUUUGGCAAGAUUGUUUGACCCCUUAGGAAUUGCGGGUCCUGUGGUGUCAGCAGCUAAGAUCUUUAUUCAGCAACUGUGGAAGAAUAAACUUGGCUGGGACGAGGAACUGCCAGCAGAAAGGGCAGCAUAUUGGCUAUCGUUCCGAGAAGGUCUGAAGAUGUUAAAUGAUUUCAGGUUACCCAGACACAUGUUUGAUGGAGAGAAACCAACAAAAAUUGAGAUACAUACUUUCGUGGACGCGUCAGAAAAGGCAUAUGGUGCUGUGGUGUAUCUUCGAGCUAUGCUGCCAGACGGCAGGCAUAUAGUCAGACUUCUUUGUUCAAAAUCAAAAAUAGCACCAAUAAAGGAGAUCACGCUGCCACGGUUAGAGCUUUGUGCCGCUGAAUUGGGAACAAAACUUACUGCUAAGGUCAAAGCCGAAUUGGGUUACGAAGAUCUAAGGACUAUUUAUUGGUCAGACUCAGAGAUUACAUUGUACUGGAUCAAUUCAGAACCAUCAGCUCUAAAGACGUUCGUUGCCAACAAGGUAAAAAAUAUACAAGGCAGAUCGAUAAACACUCAAUGGCGACAUGUGGGGACGAAGGAUAAUCCUGCCGAUUAUAUAUCCAGAGGUAUGAAACCAGAUCGUCUGUCGGGAUGUCUGAUGUGGUUUUAUGGACCCACGUAUCUACAUGGAAAUGAAUCUCUCUGGCCGGGGCCCUUCUCAAAGAAUAGAGAAAAUCAAUCCGAUCUUGAAUUCAAGACAAAAUCUACAGUAUCAGCAAUUGCCUCACAGAGUGGGUUACAGGAUAUGAUCUAUGGAAUCAACCACAAGGGUUCAUUUAGACGAUUACAACGUAUUGUCGGUUAUGUCCUGCGAUUUUCAGAAAGGAUAAAGGGACGCAAGCAUGGAAGUUCGACAGAUGUAUUGACACCUAUGGAGUUGAAUCAGGCGAUGCAACUAAUAGUCAAGACCGUACAGGUGGCAGAUUUUGCGAAAGAAAUUCAGCAAUUGAGGAAACAUGGAGCAUUGGACAAAUCAAGCUCCAUACAUAGUUUAACUCCGUUUCUUGAUGACAGAGGAAUACUUAGAGUCGGUGGCAGGUUGGAAGAGGCAACCUUAGCAUACGACACAAAACACCCGAUGUUGUUACCAUACAACGAUCCAAUUGUGAAACUCAUUCUUAGCAUGAUCCAUUUAGAGAAUAGCCACUGUGGGUCACAACUAUUACUGGCAACAUCAAGACAAAAAUAUUGGAUAAUCAAGGGGAAGGCUAUGGCUCGCAACAUUGUGCAAAAUUGCGUAAGGUGCACCCGGGCGAAGCCAAAGUUAUACAACCAAAUCAUGGGAAAUCUCCCACCGAGCAUAGAGACCAAGAAUAUGGAUGGCUUUUCUACCGGGAUAGGAACCCUUCAGAAGUUGUGUAAGAUAGCAGUUGAGAACAGAAGCUGUGAGAUACUUUCAGAAAAUCUUAUUCAAGUACAAAAGCAGUUGGAAUCAAAUACACUGAACAUAUUCCCCAGGCGCAUCAGGAGAGGAGCUCUAAACAUAGUCGGGAACCUCGCACACUCGUUAUUUGGUGUCUUGGAUUCGGAAUAUGCGGAGCAAAUGACUGUGACAAUUGAGAAGGCAAUUAAAGACAAGCAACAUUUGUUGGAUCUUCUAAAAAAUCAGACAUCUAUUAUUGAUUCAACAAUCAACAUAAUUAGAAAGGACGAAGAUACGAGCCAAAGGAACUUCGGCAACAUGCAAGUGGAGAUGAACCUUUUGGCAAAUAAGCUCAUGCUACUUUCAUCAAGGUUGAAACAUAUAGAAGAUAACUUAAUCGACGUUUUAACGGAUGCUCAUCAUGGUCGGAUAAGUCCGUUGCUACUUACGCCACAUCAAUUGCUACAAGAGCUCCAAACCAUCAAGGCUCACAUUCCUCCAUCUCGUGCUCUACCCGUUCGCGAAGAUAAUGUUUCGGAUUUCUUCAAAUUAAUGAAGAGUUGCCAAACCAAUACCGCUACCACCACUAGCUACAAUGAUAAGAAAUUUCAGCCAUAA